UCCGGCCAUUAUGUCUGCCUAGGUAAGCCAUUACCAUUUAUGAAAAAUUUUAAAUCUAAUAAUGAGUAGCUUAUCAACAUAAGGCCUGGGUGCGGUUUAUACAUCGUUGUAGCCGCGCCUUUUCCUGUCACUACCGAACGGUCGUGCGUAAGAACGGCGGGUCAGCUGACAGCUAUCAGUGGACGGAGCAGAAUUAGCGGGUGUGUGAGUAGUGGUCCUGUUGGACAUUUACACACACAUUCACGGCCAAACGGGGGUGUGUGAAACACUGGUGGCGUUCGUGAGUGAACCUGGGAGGCGUUUGGUUUCACCAUGGCACGUUGGGAUUGAGAGGCAGCCACAAUGAUUGGAGGACUGUUCAUCUACAACCACAAGGGGGAGGUCCUCAUCUCCCGCGUCUACCGAGAUGACAUAGGACGUAACGCCGUGGACGCGUUCCGUGUGAACGUGAUUCACGCUCGGCAGCAGGUUCGAUCCCCUGUGACCAACAUCGCCCGUACCAGCUUCUUCCAUGUCAAGCGCUCCAACAUCUGGUUGGCCGCCGUCACCAAGCAGAAUGUCAACGCCGCCAUGGUGUUCGAGUUCCUUUACAAAAUGUGCGACGUUAUGACGGCCUACUUUGGCAAAAUCAGUGAGGAGAACAUCAAGAACAACUUUGUGCUCAUCUACGAGCUGCUGGACGAGAUCCUGGACUUUGGCUACCCCCAGAACUCAGAGACUGGAGCCCUGAAGACCUUCAUCACCCAGCAGGGCAUUAAAGGACAGACAAAAGAGGAGCAGUCUCAGAUCACCAGCCAGGUGACGGGGCAGAUCGGCUGGCGUCGUGAGGGCAUCAAGUAUCGCCGCAACGAGCUCUUCCUGGAUGUACUGGAAAGCGUCAAUCUGCUCAUGUCUCCCCAAGGCCAGGUCCUGAGCGCCCACGUUUCAGGCAGAGUUGUCAUGAAGAGCUACCUGAGCGGAAUGCCUGAAUGCAAAUUUGGCAUGAAUGACAAGAUAGUCAUCGACAAACAGGGCAAGGGAGGAGCGUCCGACGAUGCAGGGAAGAGUGGGAAGCAGUCAAUAGCCAUCGAUGACUGCACUUUCCACCAGUGUGUGCGUCUCAGCAAGUUUGACUCUGAGCGGAGUAUCAGCUUCAUCCCUCCUGAUGGAGAAUAUGAGCUAAUGAGAUAUCGCACCACUAAGGAUAUCAUCCUGCCAUUCCGAGUAAUUCCUCUGGUCAGGGAGGUGGGCCGCACUAAGUUGGAGGUUAAGGUGGUCAUCAAAUCCAACUUCAAACCUUCGCUGCUGGCUCAGAAGAUCGAGGUGAGAAUCCCUACACCGCUCAACACCAGUGGGGUGCAGGUCAUUUGCAUGAAGGGAAAAGCCAAAUACAAAGCCAGUGAGAACGCCAUUGUGUGGAAGAUCAAACGUAUGGCUGGCAUGAAGGAGUCUCAGAUCAGUGCUGAGAUUGAGUUGUUGCCCACCAACGAUAAGAAGAAAUGGGCCAGGCCUCCCAUCUCUAUGAACUUUGAGGUCCCUUUUGCUCCAUCUGGCCUGAAGGUGCGUUAUUUGAAGGUAUUUGAGUCCAAGCUCAACUACAGUGACCACGAUGUCAUCAAAUGGGUGCGGUACAUCGGCCGCUCCGGCAUCUACGAAACCCGCUGCUAAAGCUCAACCCCACCUGGCAGCAAAUUGACCACUUCCUUCCCAUCUAUCCUGUUUAGAAUUUUUUCUUCCUACUUUGUCUCAUCCCCCCCAGUCUUUAUCACUUCUCUCCUGCCCCAAUCAUCUCUUCUUAACUAAGUGUUGAAGAUUGAAUUUACAUCGUUUAAAAAAGGAAAAAAAAGUAAAUAUGGUAUAAUGCACAGAUAUAUGCAAAAUGUGAACCAUUGUAUCGUAUAUAUCUAGUAGUGAUGAGUAAAUUGUAAACCAACUGGUGUCCGAAAGAAAAAGACCAGUGAUGCAGGGGCUCAGGGGGAGAGUACUGGAGACUUAAACGGAUGCUCUGUUUGCUCAGUGUUAUUGUUCUGCUAUCUAAUCUUCACUUUAGAAGCCCCAUAUGCCAGUUAUCCCAGGUAAGAUGGUUAUCGCUGUUGUGAUUUAAGACGAAUCCCGAUAGUUCCCGUAUACAGCCCAUUAGUCUUUACCCUCUGAAUCAGCUAUUUGAUCUGUGUUGUUGGACCUUCGUUAUUUGGAUCUUAUAUUCUUUGCUCAGCAGGAUAACAACGGCCUGUGUAUGAGUCAUCUAAAAAGAGAAAAUUAUAUUGUACCGCCUUUUUUGUACUUACAAGUGUAUUCUGUUUCUGUAGUCUUCUUCUUUUUUUCCUCCUUCAGUAAAGUCAAAUUUAAAACAUGUCAGGCACGUUUUUAAGAUUUGACCAUCAUCCUGAUGUGAUAUUUUUCUCAAUACAUCCCACAGAUAUUUUUUAAGCACUAAGAUCAAGUUUGUCACACUAUUUUUGAGUCAAAGAUCAGUCCCUUUGCAGUGAGGUGAGGUCUCCCCCUGGUGUUUGCUUCGCCACAGUCUGCUUCUUCAUGUUUGUAGCCCUGGUGACCGUUCUGUCCAAUAAAAUCUAUGUAACCAAAUCCACUGGUCUUUGGUCUUUCUCGUUCUCCAUUCAGAUAGUGUUUGUUUUAAUUCCACUGCAUCUGUUUUCCUCUGGAUUGUCUGACACAGGAAGCAGCUCUGUGUAGGAAUGCCAGAAUUAUG